AUGUCUGGCUCCUACGAUGAAAGUGCAGGUGUUGACGACACCAUGGACAGCUUCUGGGAGGUGGGGAACUACAAACGUGCUGUCAAGAGAUUUGAUGACGGCCACCGGCUCUGCAAUGACCUGAUGGGCUGCCUGCAGGAACGUGCCAAGAUAGAAAAAGCCUACGGUGAUCAGCUAACUGCCUGGUCCAAGAGAUGGAGACAGCUUAUUGAGAAAGGCCCACAGUACGGCUCCGUGGAGAGAGCCUGGUUGGCUGUGAUGACCGAGGCAGAGAAGGUGAGUGAGAUGCACCAAGAGGUGAAGAACAACCUGCUGAACGACGACGUCGAGAAAGUGAAGAACUGGCAGAAGGAAGCGUAUCACAAGCAAAUGAUCGGAGGCUUCAAAGAGGCCAAGGAGGCGGAGGAAGGCUUCAAGAAGGCUCAGAAACCGUGGGCCAAAAAGCUCAAGGAGAUGGAGACAGCUAAGAAAGGAUACCACAUGGCCUGCAAGGAGGAGAAGCUGGCUGCAACCCGAGAGGCCAACGGCAAGACCGAGGCUUCUGUCACACCAGACCAGCAGAAGAAACUCCACGAGAAAGUGGACAAAUGCAAACAGGAUUCACAGAAGGCUAAAGAAAAGUAUGAGAAGUCUCUGGAGGAGCUGAACAAGUGCACCCCGCAGUACAUGGAGAGCAUGGAGCAGGUGUUUGACCAGUGCCAACAGCAUGAGGUCAAGAGGCUGACCUUCCUCAAGGAGGCCUUGCUGGACAUCAAACGCCACCUUAACCUCACCGAGAACCAAAGCUAUGCCACAAUAUACAGAGAACUGGAGCGUACGAUCCUGGCCGCAAACACACAAGAGGAUCUGAAGUGGUUCAGCAACAACCACGGCCCUGGGAUGCAUAUGAACUGGCCUGCAUUUGAGGAAUACAACCCAGACCAGGCCAGUGCUCCUCCAAAGAAGAAGAAACCAGAUGGAGCCCCACCCACUCCGAGCACCGACCAUGUGGCUCCACCUGGUGAUCGUAGCAGUGUGAGCAGCUAUGAUAAGAAUCAAGCUUACUCGACUGAAUGGUCCGACGACGAGCAGCCCGCUGCAUACUCCGGCAACGAAAAUGGUGGGAACGGGAAUUCAUUUGAAGAUGACUCCAGCACCGGGAAAGGGGUCCGCGUACGCGCUCUCUAUGACUAUGAGGGCCAAGAACAGGAUGAGCUCUCCUUCAAAGCAGGCGAUGAACUGACCAAGACUGAGGAUGAAGAUGAGCAAGGCUGGUGUAGAGGUCGCUUGGACAACGGCCGAGAGGGACUGUACCCGGCCAAUUACGUCGAGCCAAUCUAGGCACGUUACUGGACAAGGACAAGCCAUUGGAGGCAGCUUGAACUGUCCCGUCCAAUUGCACCGCACAUAGCCAGAGACUUAAGAGCAACACAUCCCUUGCCCAA